AAAGGGGAGGAGCCUGAGACAGGAAUCCUUGACAUAGGCCACUCCCUUUCUGUGAAUAUCGUGAAUGGUGUUGGUGGUAACGCCAUAAUGGUGUGUACUAGGUGUAUGGUCACAGCUGGUGCUCAUGCUUCUAGUUAAGAACCAUUUCACUCCUGGAUCAGACAAUCGCAGUGAUACUAUGAGACUUACCAACCAUACUGCUGUCGACCUUCUUCUGGCAUAUAUGGAUAUUGGCAGCUUCAUGAAACUGGAGGACCCUUUUCAUCCUCACGGAGAUCAAGGCUCGCUCUUUGAAGACUGUGUCUUCCAAGAUGCUAUGGGAGAAAAAGAGGAGGUGAAUGACUGUCCUGGGUCCGCUGAUUUAGUCACUAAACCGCAGUGGAGUGACAGAGUGAGAUAUGGGACCAUGGUUGAUCUCCUGGAUUUUGUUAACCUGAUAUCAAAUGCACAAAGUGGCGUCCGCAUGCCAGACCUGUCAGAAGAGAUGGGGAUAGUGAUCAACAAGGCCUACUUGGCUGUGAAGGAAGGACGCUAUCGCAUCAAUGCAGACGUCUUGCUGUUUCCUUGGAUGCCAACCUUCCAGAAUCUUCAGCUCGGCCAGGUCCGCAAGGGGGCCUUCGGGAGGGUCCACCUAGCCCAGGACUCAGAAACAGGCAAGCGGAUGGCCUGCAAGCUGAUUCCUCUGGAGGAUUUUGGAGCUUCUGAAGUGGAGAUACAGGCCUGUCUCCGGCACCGGAACAUAGCAGAGCUGUUUGGUGUUGUGCUCUGGGACCGGACCAUGCAUUUGUUCAUGGAGGCCGGGGAAGGGGGCUCGGUUCUGGAGAAGCUGGACAGUGCUGGGCCCAUGUGGGAGAGCGAGAUCAUCUGGGUGACCAGGCAGAUCCUCAGGGGCCUGGAUUACUUGCAUUCCCGCAGCGUCAUCCACCACGACAUCAAACCCAGCAACAUCGUCCUGAUGUCUUCCAAAGCCGUCUUGGUGGAUUUUGGACUCUCUGCGAAAAUGACUGGGGAUUUGUACUACCCAAAGGACUUCCGUGGGACGGAGCUUUACAUGAGCCCGGAGGUGGUGCUGUGCCGGGGCCAUACUACCAAGGCUGACAUCUACAGUUUGGGGGCUGCUAUCAUCCACAUGCAGACGGGACACCCUCCCUGGGUGUGCCGAUACCCCCCAUCGGCCUACCCCUCCUACCUCUAUAUAAUUCACAAACAAGCCCCGCCCCUGGAGGACAUCGCGGACACCUGCAGCGCUGCCCUGCGCGGCUUCCUGGGCCGGGCCCUGGACAGGAACCCCCGGCUACGGGCUUCGGCGGCUGAGCUGCUCCUGGACAAUGCCCUCCGUCCCCACAGGAAGGUCCAGUCGCGCUGCCAGAGCCUGGACUCCGCCCUGGAAGAGGCUUCCAGCGCCCCGCCUCCACGGCAUGCCCAGCUGCAUGAUGGUACGCAGAAUUCACCCUGCAUGCUGGGAUUGCGUUUCACAAAUGGGGACUGCCCGGCACCCCUUGAUAAGACGCUGCGCUCUUACUCCAUGAUGGUGUGAUUGGUCAGUUAGAUUGGCUACUGUUGAUAAAACUCCGAAGAUCUCGCUCGUCUCUAAGACUGGUCCUUGUCCAGUCACAUGGAUGCCAUUUGUCUAAGAAGAACAGAACUCGCUCUCUGCCAACCUCGGGCAUCUGGCUAAUUGACUAAGAAACUAUGCGAGUGGCGCAAACCUUGGGGACUGGGUGACACCACCACGAAGUGUGUCUGCAUGUCAGGUCGAUGGGGUUGGCCACAUUAAAACCCGUGAACUGCAUUCCGGACUUAGGCUUUGGCCUAACCAGCAGCCACUAGCAGCGUCGCUGCUAUCUGGCAGGAUGUCAGACAAUUCAGCUGCACAGAUGCCUCUGCAGAAAGGCCCAGAAGACGUCAGCUGAUAAGAUGAAUGAAGGUUUAUCUCUAUCUAAGCCACAGCUUCCUGCCAUGCUACCUGUGAAGUCUGCAGACACAUGCCUGCAUUUCCUGUGCGAGUCUCUUGUAGCGAUCAUUUAGGGCAGUGUUUCUUAAAAGCAGUCCCCGGGAACUCCCCAGAAAGCCUGUGUUUUUGCUCCCACUAAAUUCCCUGGGAGCUGGGAGGUAGCUAAAACGUGGACUGUCUGGGGGUCCCUGAGGACUGGGUUGAGAUGCACUGGUUUAGGGAAAGAAUGUCAGGUGACGUGACUGAUCUUCACAGGUCGCUUUUCCGUGUGGAAAGUAACUGUAGUGAGUAGUUGCCGUGCAAAUUGUCCUGUUAACUGCGAGUUGCGACUUGCUGACUGUCCCUGUGAUAAUACUGUCUUCCCCUUUGUAGUUAUGAUAAAAGUAUACUGUGUUUAUAUGAUUCAGCAGGUUUAGAUUAUCAUAAAGGAUUUUAAAUAAAAACACAAUUAUAGAGUAAA